CAGUCACCUCCAUUCUCUUCAUCUGAGCAGCACUACUUUCCUGACCGGUGUGGAGGGGAUGGCGCAGGCCAGAAAGUUACCAUAGCGCGUCAAAGGUCUUUUGUGUUUGUGUUUUGAAGCAGGAUUACCCCAAACCCUCUGGACACUUCGCUCUCGGUCUCGCUUUGCCUCCACCGUCCCUCAUGCCGUCUCCUGGAGCCAGACGGAGCAGCUGGGCGAACGGCAGCAGGUGUGAGCCGGGCUCCUCCUCGCGCAGGCGGGCCUCCAGCUGCUCGUGUCCGGCCGGUGGAGCUCUGAGCUCCCGGCGCCUCAGUCAGCCCUUCGCCGCCGUGGCGCUGCGCUCUCUGAUGGCUGUGGAUCUGUGGCUGUCCCGCCGCCUGGGGGUCUGCGCCGCGGAGGACUCGCUGCUGGGGGGCAUCCGGCCGCUGGUGAAGCUGCUGGAGCUCUCAGCUCACCGGACACCGUGGGUCAGCAGCGCCGUGUACCUGUUACUGACCAGCCGGACAGCCGAGGAGCAGGAGCUCAUCAUCAACCUGCUGAUGGCAUUAUUACUAGACCACAUCCUGGUAAGAGUCGUGAAGGCUUUCAUCCGUUAUCACAGCUCAGAGAUGUUUGCUACCCUCCCUCCUCAUCCUCGCUACUCCUUCCCAUCAGGCCACGCUACACGGGCCGCCAUGUGUGCCUGUUUCCUGCACGCUCGCCUGCUGCUGGACGCUCCUGUGCGUGCUCUGCUGCUGGUCUGGGCGGCUCUGAUGGGUCUCUCUCAGGUCCUGCUCGGGCAGCACAACGUCAGCGGGGUGACCCUGGCCCUGGCCAUGGGCUACUGCCAGUACAGGCUGGUGGAAAGGUGCUGGGUGCCCAUCGACUGGCUGCAGGACAUCGUGCUGACCGUGCUGGGGAGCAGCCAGGUGACUCUGAAAGACUCAGAAACUGAGACGAUGAUGAGGCAGGUCACUCCGAAUGACUGA